CUUCGCACCCCACUGUAAUGUAGGUAAUGCUCCUUUUAUUUUUAGAGAGUGCCCUCUCACCUGUUCAGUUAUUCARUGUCAAACAUUACUUGAAGGAACAUAUUUUACUUUGAGAAAAGGCCACAUAACAUCAUGAGAUGUUCUGUUCGGAGCAUGUGUUGUGAAAGACUCAUCUACUACCACACUCAAUUUUAGCUCUGUAAAACUGACUGAGUUUUACCCAACGUAUAAGAAGAACGUAAAAAAUAGCUAUAAUUGAGUCACUUAUUAAAGAAAAAAGAGGUGUUUGUGGUUUUUUUUUUUUUAGCUGAGAGUCAUUCACAACACAUAUUCAAAAUGUAUUUUGCUUAAACCUUUAGCAUUACCUGUUGGGGUCAACUCUACUUUUCUGUUAGCAAAAUAUCUUACUAGACAGACUGUUAUGAAACUUAAAGAAUCACGACGGUCGCUACAGCUAAAUGACAUUAGACAGAACUAAAGUGGAUAUUUCCUGAGUUUCAUUGACAUCUAUCCAGUUGUUUGUUAGCUAUCUUGCUAACAGACAAGACUUGACCUAUUCAUGACAAAAACUUAAUCUGUUUUAGCACUGAAAUAUACGGAGCCCGCCGGGGGUCAGUGGUGAAAAAAGAAAAACAGCCGCCGGAAAUCCGUGCGCACACACUGUUUGCUACUAAAACAAUGAUUGUUAAACUGAGUUGUAGUCGUUUUUUUUUUUUUUUUUUUUUUUUCUGUGUUUGAUUUUUUGAGGUCAGAGAUCAUGGGGUCAUUUAGUUGUGGCACCACCUUGAUAAGGUAACAUCAAUUUGUAGAGGAACGUCCUUCACACUUUCUGAAUGUUUUCAUUAAAACCCAUUCAGUGGUUCAUAAAAUGUGAUUACAAGUAUGAGUUAAACCAAGAUAGCCCCGACCCUACUUUUUUUUUUUUUUUUUAUGGAGGCCCCAGCCACGUGUGUUUAUAACGUCUGUUUCCAGAGAGGCUGGCAGCAGCUCAACACGGUCYGUGUCUUCAGCUUAUUUUUGGACGGUCCAUAACAACCCGCCUAAAGCGUUAAGCCAAUAACAGCCCUGGUGAAUUAUACGCCAAUAACAAGUUUAUAUUUGUGUCAUCGACUUUAUAAUAAAAACAGGUUUCAAAGCUCAAGAAUAGCUCAUAAACACCCACUCAUAAGACCCUCCCGUCCAACAGCUGCGUCAUUCCCAAACCUGCAUUCAUACGUCCAUGCCAGGACACCCAAGGGGACAACGUUUAGGACAUAACAGAGGCCAUGUGUCCCCAGGAUGAAUUCCCCACUCAUUAUGUAACUCCAGUUUUAAAAACAGACCGUAACAGUCAGUGGCAUCCAAAACACUCCGAGAGGGCAGCAGCAACAAGAGGGUUAUCCUGUUCCCCUUUACUUUCACMGGAGGAUUGAAUUUAAACAGGAGAAAUGGAGUUUAUUGUGCCACCYACUGUGUUGACUACUGAUAUCCCCUGGGAGAAGGUUUUACCACCACUCGUCCCUCGUCUAAACGGGACGUAUGGUUAUUAUAACUGGUCACCGUCGUUACUGAUGCCGGAGAGCAACAAUGGUAGCACCUCUGCAGAGGUCUCCUGUGAUGACUGUGGAUUUACGGUUCAGGUUGAUGUAAAGCAAUUCAACCCACAGGACCUACUGGUCAAAGUGGUGGGAGACUUUGUGGAAGUGCAAGGAAAACAUGAAGAACAAAAGGACGGUCCAGGCUUUACUUCGAUGCAGUUCAACCGGCGCUACAGAAUCCCAAAGGGAGUGGACACCAUGGCUCUGGAGUCGGCCGUCUCCCCAGAAGGCAUUCUUGUCAUAUCUGCUCCGAUGCUGCAAACUGAAAAGAUCAGACCCCUGACUUAACUCUGCCGACUUUACCAUAUAAGAAAAUGAAUGAAGAGAAGCCAUUUUGAACACACACAGACAGAAACAGGCUCCUGCACUCACAUGACACACCUCGCGUGCCAAAACACACAUUUGUUUGCUUUGUUUCGUUCUUGGCACCAUUCUGUUUCCCUGCUCUCUGUGGUUUGUACAUACUGCUCAGCUAUUUUCAACCUGACAGCAAUUCAAGAAACUACUCUUUGUAAAUAGUCUGUGUUUAUAGUUUAAACUGUUUUUUAUUUAGUAUCUUCUGUGUUAAUGACCUGUAAUGUGAUUGGAAUUAAUGAACGCAGGUACACUGUAUCUCCAAUCAAUUAAUGUGGAAAUCAGAUAUAAAUAAAUUUUAUUUCUUUAUAAAAUAAUAAAAAA